AUGGAAUUCAUGACCGACCUCCGGUCAACUUUCGACCCCCAAAAACCCUCCCUCUUCGAACUCCUCUCCGAAACCCAGCUCUCCGCCCUCCUCCCCCCCUCUCUCCGCUACCUCCUAACCGUCGCAACACACCGACACCCACGCUACCUCCUUCGCAUCCUCAACUCCUUCGACGAGAUCUACGCCCUCUGCAUGCUCGUCGUCGAACGCCACUACCUCAAAACAACUGGCGGUGGAUUCGUCGAGAACUUCUACGGGUUAAAACGCGAGCGUGCUUUGGCGGUGGGCGAGAUCCCCCGCGCGAGUCUAGGGGCCGCGGGACAUGUUCGCGAUGCGUUGAAGCUGGGGGAGCGAGACAUCUGGUGGAAUUUGUUGUUUAUGGUGGGUGUGCCGUAUAUGAAGAGGCGGUUGGAUGAGGGGUAUGAGGUUAAUGCUCCGCGAGCGUUGUUGGGUGGGAAUUAUACGCGGAUGCCGUUGAAUCCGACGUUCAAGCAGAGGAUGGUGCAUUAUUACCGGUGGUUUUUGGGGAAUGUGUAUCCCGGUGUUAACGCGGUGUAUUACGCCUCGAUUUUGCUGUUUAACCUGGCGUAUCUUUUUGAUGAUUCGAGGUUUCAUAGUCCGUUUCUUUGGAUGAUUGGGACGAGGAUGAGGAGGCUUGGGGCGGAGGAUUAUAGGGCGAUGGCGGAGGUGGAGGAGGCGAGAGGGGCUGCGAAGGGUGGGAAUUUGGGGGUGAGUAGUAUAUUCCAUCCGAGGGUGUUGGGGGAGAGGGCGCUGGGUAGUUUGAAGAUCUUGCUUCCGACUAGUAUCUUUGCGCUCAAGUUCUUGGAGUGGUGGUAUGCUAGUGAUUUCGCUCGACAGCUGGGGAAGAAGGCUAGGGAGGGGAUUGAAUUACCACUUCCCGUCAUAUCAGGCCUCUCAACCCUAUCAACUCGCUUCGGACCAUCCUCCUCAUCCUCAUCCCAAACACAAAAAUCCACCAACACCUCCGAACCACCACCCGAAAAAGCAUGUUCCAAAAAGGAAGCACGCAAUCCUCCCAUCGCGGCAGUCUCCCUCCUCCCCAUCUUCACCGUUCCUAUCCCGGAGAACUCGGAGCUCUGCCCCAUCUGUGAACAGGAGAUUGUCACGCCGACAGCGUGUCAGACGGGCUUUGUGUUCUGUUAUACGUGUAUUCAUCGAUGGAUGGAGGGGAAUCAUGAAAUACAGGAGGGGUUUAUGACAGGGAGGGAGGGGAAGUGGGAGAGUGGGAGGGGAAGGUGUGCGGUUACUGGAAGGAGGGUCCUGGGUGGGACGGAGGGGUUGAGGAGGGUUAUGGUGUAG